AUGCGUAACUGGCCCAACAUCAGCGACGGCAAUAGCAAGGCCUUACUGGAGUUCUCUGAUUUCCUAGUGCGAUGCGUGGAAGCCGUGAAGUCAAUUGGAUCACCCGCUGAGCUGGAUUCGACAGAGGCACUUAUCGCCAUGACUGCCAAACUCCCAUCAUACAGUGGUGUGAAGUGGUGUCGUCACGCUCAUGACAUGCGGUUGAGGAUGAAAAAGGUCUCCUUUACCGAAUUCGUACGAUUUGUCAAAGAAGAGGCAGAUCUAGCGAAUGAUUUCAUUUUCUCUCCAGACGCAUUGAAAAGAGAAAGAAGAAAGACCGUUGACAAAGAAUACAAAUCAAGAUCCAAAAGAUCGGAGUCCUCAUCAACUGCCCGCGGAAGCUUUGCAACCACCACAACAUUGCCUUCGUCUAAGCCCUCAACCUCGAAGCCAACAUCUUGCCCGGCAUGCGAGAAGCCGGGACACGCCCUAGAGAGAUGUUACGUCUUCAAAGCAAAGUCCGCAGAAGACAGAAGAGACUUCGUCAUGUCAAAGGGACUCUGUUUUGGGUGUCUGAAAUCAGGGCACCUUUCUUCGAGCUGCCAAGGAAGACUACAAUGCGAGGAGUGCGGGAAGCCACACCCUAUGCCUCUCUAUGGAGUCAAACCAAAACCAAAACCGAGGAACAAGCAAAGAGCAGGAAACAAUAACGUCGCAUCUAAUAAUGCCAUAAUAACCACACCUAUUGAAGAAGAAAUAGCAAGUUGCAACUGUGUUGAAAGUAGCGGAGCAACAACUUCCUUGAUAGUGCCGAUUUUCCUGAGCCACAAGGACUACCCUGAUUGCAAAGUCAAGGUUUACGCUCUUAGAUGA